AAAGUUGAGUGCGCUCGGGGGCCAGUGAUCCGCGUUCCGGAGGCAGCAGAGGCGCUCAACAAGUUUUAUAAAUAAUUUAUUUCGGAUAAGAAAAGUGAAUUUCUUAACCGUUCGGGGACAGUAAGGCGUUAACCGAGACUAAACAUGGCUGCUCUUUCAGCCUGGUUUUGGAACGAGAGGUUCUGGUUGCCACACAACAUAACCUGGGCGGAUCUGGAAGACCCAGCUCCCGGGGUGGAGUAUCCCAAAGCCGGACACUUGUUGGCGGCUUUACCGCUGGCUGUGGGAAUCUUCAUCGUCAGGAUAUUCUUCGAGAGAUUCAUUGCUGGUACCUGUGCCCAGAGUCUCCACAUUCAAGUGGGUGUUGGACGAAGAGCUCAACCCAAUGCCGUCCUGGAGAAAGUGUUUACAUCCAUCACAAAGAACCCAGACUCACGGCAUCUGGAUGGCCUGUCCAAGCAACUGGACUGGGAGGUUCGAAAGGUCCAGCGUUGGUUCAGGCAUCGCAGAAACCAAGAUAAACCCAGUACACACACAAAAUUCUGUGAAAGCAUGUGGAGGUUUACAUUUUAUCUGUGCAUAUUUACUUAUGGGAUCCGGUUUCUGUGGCAGUCUUCCUGGAUGUGGGAUACACGGAAUUGCUGGUACGGUUAUCCCUAUCAGGUCAUGACUCCGGGGCUUUACCACUACUACGUGACUGAACUGGCUUUCUAUUGGUCACUGAUGUUCUCACAGUUCACCGACAUUAAAAGGAAGGACUUCCUCAUCAUGUUCAUCCAUCACCUGGCUACAGUCGGCCUCAUCAGCUUUUCCUAUGCUAACAACAUGGCCCGAGUAGGGAGCCUGGUGAUGUGUGUCCACGACGCCUCCGACUUCCUACUCGAGGCAGCAAAGCUGGCCAACUACGCCAAGUACCAGCACUUGUGUGACUUCCUCUUCAUUGUGUUCAGCAUGGUGUUUUUUCUCACCAGACUUGUUAUUUAUCCAAUAUGGAUCCUGAACUCCACCAUGUUUGAGAGUUGGUCCAUUGUUGGGCCAUUCCCGUCCUGGUGGCUCUUCAACAUUUUACUGCUGGUGCUCCAAGUGCUGCAUAUCAUCUGGUCCUACCUCAUAGCGCGUAUAGCUGUCAAAGCCAUGCUGCGGGGCAAGGUGUGCAACGAUGUCCGCAGUGACAUUGAAAGCAGCACAGAAGAAGAGCCUGACACGCCCACCGACAGCUUCCACGGGUCUCCUCAUCCUCCCAAAGGAGAAAACGGCACCAACGGUCACUGUGCCUCUGCCAAAGCACACAACCACAGCAGCUGGUGACAGAGAGGCUGACCAUUGGAGCCCCCUACUGUUCACUCCUCACGUGUCAGAGAGCCUCGUUUGUGUUUUUUUUUUUCUUAUGACGACAUUCCCUGAUGUGCAAUUCUCACGCUCUCACACACUCCAAACACGCAUUUCUGACUGAGUGUGCACAGAUGCGCAUUGAUGGCGCUGUGCAGAUGCCACUGUGCGCCAUCAGCACCUACGCAAAUGAAACGCGAAACAGGAUGUGACGUGAAAUAAAUUCACAGCAUUGUGCAAAACGAUGGGAUAUUCAGUGGUGAAUUUUGCUGUAGAUGUUUGAAUUCAAUGUUCUCUCCCAGUUUUAUUGGUCAGAUGAACUUUGACUUGUGUGGGGUUUAUUUCACUUUGGCACACGGAGAAGAAAACUGCUGCCUCACUCCUGUCUGGAAUAUCCCUCACGUUAUACACAGUUCACUGUACUGCGUUGAUUACUUGUUUGAAACCAAAAUGUGUUGUGAUGUUAAAGUGUGGCUACAAAGUUUAAGUGCAGCAGCAGCUGCUCCACCUUUUUACAAUUUGUUGUGGAUGUAUGCCCUUUGACCUUUGUGUUUUGGCUGUUGUCGAGUCCACUUUUAGUUUUGUUUUUCUAUUUCUUCGACCAAAUGUUUGAAAUUGUCACUGCCUUUGUAUUGGGGUCCAGGAAUGAGGACUAUGCUGUCUGGUAUCACGUUCUCACUUGAGUUCCUUGUAAAGGAAAAAGAAA